CUGUACUUCUUGUGGCUGUUAUAAGUCUAAUGUAAGUUUUUCUUGUCUUUAUUAGGCUUAACAAGAAUGGAUCUCCACACUCCUCGUACAGGUGGACCCCUGAUGGCAGUGGAGAUGAAAAAUAAUAUAAUUGUUCACUGGAAGCCACAUGGUGUUCCUUUGCGAUUUUAUAAAAUGCUCAUUACUGACCUGCAUCAUAUUGCCAAUGAUAUUAAUGAAAUAGCUGGUGAUCCUCAUGCAGUUGUUGUCUUCACUAUCUUUGCCCAUCGGGUUUUCCACCCAAUAACAUUUUACAUCCAUGAAGUGGCCAAAAUCCGUCAGUCUGUUGUUGCGUUGCUGAGCCGUGCACCACAGACUACUGUCAUCAUCAAGUCUGGAAACACUGCAGGACGAAAGAAUAUUUUUCAAAGUGAUUGGUUAACCAUGCAGCUGAACACAGUGAUGCGAGAGAUGUUUAGAGAUGUUCAUGGAGUAAUCUACUUAGAUGUAUGGCAGAUGACUUCCUGUCACUAUCUACAUGAAAAUAUUCACCCAGGACCUGUUAUCGUUGCUAAUGAGGUCAAUCUGUUUCUGUCAUAUGUCUGUCCUAUCUGAUUAAUCAUUUACAAUUACACAGCCCCAAAGAAUAAUAUUUAUCUUGCUUUGCUAUCAUCAGCAAUAUAAAAACAAUAAGACGGCAUAAAAACUUGUAUACAGACUUGAAUGAAAAGCUUACAAAUACCCUUAUGAAUAAUGGAUAAUUUAUUGCAUUAGAAAGGCUAAACCUAAA